AUGAAAGAAAUAAUAAUAUUAUUAUUUUUAUCAUUUAUCGUUAUUGUUUGGACAACUGAUCAGGUAAAAUUCGAAUUUGAUAAUGAAAUCUAUCAAGAUGGUUUUAGGGUAUCGAUCAAACUUCCAGAUGGAUAUUCUUUUGACAAGGAUAAAUUCAAGGUUACUGCUGAAGAUGGAACUAAUGUUAAACCAUGUACUUUUGUUGAAAGAGUUGGUACUAAUGUAGUUUACAAAAUUCCAAAUCUGAGAGUAGUAUUUGACAUUGAUGAUGAUGAUGAUGAUGGUAGUGAUGGUAGUGAUGGUAUGGUUGGUAGUGAUGGUAGUGAUGGUAGUGAUGAUCGUCCUAAGUCAACCCGUCCACUCAAACGAGGUAAAUCAUCAAUUACCAAUAGUUACUCUCUUGUCAUCUUGGAUCAAUCAACAAUGAACCCACCACAAUCCUUUUUAUUGCAAUUCACAAAUCCUUCUAUCAUUUAUGAUGAUCUUGUGAUUCUAGAAGGAACAAAAACCUUCAAGUUUAAAGGUUAUUCUCUCCAUUUUCCAAACUAUGCUCCAAAGAUAACUCUAGUCCGUAUUCCCCAAGGUGUACCAGUUGUCAAGUUUGAAUGUUUAAUCACGGCAGUCAUUUCAAAAGAUGAAAUCGAAUGUACCACCACUCAAGUAGUUCCAUUUGGUAGUUAUUUUUUUAAUUUUGAAUAUGCUGAUUCGCACAACAGAAAUUUUCCAUUCACAAUCACAGCACUUCCAAAAAUCAUCCCAACAACAGAACUCUCUUUAAACUCACAUCUAUCAUAUGAUGACAUUAUUAUCAAGACUGAUUCAUUCAUUUCAAGUUUUAAAAAAGAUCAAGUUGAAGUGAACUUUAUUAAUGAAGAUCAAUCUAAAACUGUAAAGUGUACUGUUAAAGAACUUUUGAAAGAUGAUAAUCAAAUCAAAUGCUCUUUAGAUGUCCCAACCAACUUCCCUUCAGGUAUUGUCAAUGCUUACGUCAAUGUACUUGGUAAAACAAUCACUGGUUCACAAAAGUAUAACUUUUUUGUUCCGAGUUUCCCAAGUAUGGGACUUGAUAUUUCGGGUCCUAUGACAGGAGAUGUAAAGUUUGUGAUUGAUGGUGAGCAUCUUGACCCAUCUGGAUCUGUUUUCAUUGGUACAAGUGAUAUAAAACUGGUGUGUCAAUAUAAAGCAGCUGUACCACCAUCGACAUGGGACCAAUACGAAUGUCUUUCACACUUGUAUUUCCCAGAUGCUACAAAUCCACCUGUUUGGGAGUAUAAAAUCAAUACAAAGAUGUAUGGAAGAGACUACCCAACUGAAUAUACCUAUAUAUUUAAUUAUCCUAAAUUUGAUUUGACACCAACUCAAUCGAUUAAGAUUAUCAAUAUCGGACAUUCAAUAAGUACACUCAAAGGUAAAAACUUGGAAAUCAUAAACAAGAUUACAUUGAAUGAUAUCGCUUUGAAUACCAAUGACUUCCAGAUUGUAGACAAUACUCUUUCAAUUGAAAUUGUUAGUACUGCAUUGGUUGGUGAUCAAACAAUCAAAUUCUUUGUUGAGAAGAGUCUAACCUCGAAUGAUGGAACUGUCGUUGAACAUUCAUAUCAAGUUAAACCCGAUAUUGAAAUGAAAUUACUUGCACCGACAAUCAAGGCCAAAGAUGAUAAUACACUUUCAUUUUACUUCUUGGAUGACGCAACCAGUAAAUCAAUUAUCUUUGAUCUCACAGAUUUCCCAGAGAAACAAGAUUAUUUGAUUAAAAUUGGAACCUACAAUAAAAUUGGAACCUACAACUUGAAUUGUGCUCCAGAAACAACUUCUGCACCAACUCCAAUUAAAUGUAGUGGUAUCCAAGAUUUAUCAUUGAGCAAUCUACCAACUGAAUUCCCGAUUUCAAUUGUAUUUGAUCCAAACAAUGCCAAACCAGGUUUUAUCAAGACAAUUGAUUCCACUCUCAAAUUCAAAUACACUGGACUUGUAUUUGAUGUUCAAAGUCUCUUUGCUAAUGAUAUCCAAAGUACUUAUGGAGGAUACUUUAGAAUGCUAAAUGGAGAGGAACUUAAUCGUAUUGAAUCUCUUUCAAUUGGUGAUGCACCACUACCUAUUGACCAUGUUCUAACUAUCAGAAGAGAUGGAAUUGCCGACGAUUUAUUUGUAACUGGAAGAGUAUUAAACUAUGACACUGCAACCCAGAGAAUGAGAAUGCUCAUCGAUAAACAAACUGUUAAUUAUUCAGAAGAUCUAUUCACGGUGUCGUUCGUUGGUGUUUAUAGUAGCCAUACUGCAAAUACAGUUACAAUGUUUGAGGUAGAUCCUCUUACUCAUGAAGAGCUUAUAACCAACUAUGUUGUAGAUGGUAUAUAUGUUGGUCAUGUCGAUUCGAUUUGCACUAUUGUGGUCAAUGGAGAUUUCGACUACAAUACAUUUACUCUCACAAUUGGAAAUGAGGAGUAUGAAAUCGACAAAGCCAAGAGAGUAAAACCAGUCUACUCAAUCACAUCAAGUACUCUUGGAUUAGAUCCAACAACAAACACAUUCCCACCCAAUCCACCAAGAGAAUUCAUUGAAAUCGAAGUGAUUGGUGUCACUUUUACCAACAAUGAAAUUACUUUCCCUUCAGAACAUUCAUUCACAGUGAGUGCUGAUCUUGAGAAUAUCAAAGAAAGUGGAUGCCUUCUCAUCAAUCCAACAGCUCCACUCAAACAAUCGAUGAUAUGUUCACUCCCAGAACCAAAGACCACUGAUUUAAACAAAAGAGCACUUCGAUACACCGUUGGAGGCAGAACAAUCACCAAUCAAAUUCUUCAAUUUAAAGUUCCGAGAAUCAUCAAUGCAACACCAUUAUUUGGUUCAAAAUAUAAUGAUGAUCGAUUGACGAUUUCCUAUACCAAAGGUGACUCAACAGCUGUUCAAAUCAGACUUGUUAAACUUUCUGGUGUGACGAUUGCUCUCACUUCUUGUCACCCCGAGACUGCACUUGGUAAUAAUCAGUUCCAAAUGUCAUGUAACAAAACAGCAGGUCAAGCAAGUGGAAAAUAUUUGAGUUCGAGAAUUUAUUUCAAUAACUAUGGUAACUAUCAAAAUGAUGAUCAAUCUUUUAGUAUUUCAUGCUUGGGACAAGCAAAUGGACCAAUUAAUCAAUAUAAUAAUAAACCAGUUUCAUGGUGGUUCACUUAUAAAUUACAACACACAGCCAAAUAUUUUAACCAAGAUACAACCAACAGUUAUUUAUACACCGAUGAAUCAAUGGAUAGUAUGAUUAUGAGGGAUCAUCUCACACCAGAAGGAGAUUAUGUAAAAAAUCCAGAUAAAAAUUAUAAUAUCGACCUAAACCAAAAACUUUCACCACUUGCAGCCACCUUUAAACAAUUGAGUACAACCAACUCCUACUAUUACGUUUGGAACGACCAAACAGGUAAAAGAACAGAAACAGGUGGAAGAGGAGACAUAGAUUCUGCAUCUCUAUUUGCUCAUUCCAAAGGAUUUGUUAUUUAUGAUAUCGAGGAUGGUGUUGCCAAAGGAAUUCAUGUCACACAUACAAAUCCACUUUUUCCCACAAAAAAAACAGAUUUCUAUGAACAUUUCACUCAAACCGGUGUUAAUCUAUACAAGUGGCUUGGUAAAGCAGAUCCAGGACAGAAUUUCUUUUGUUACAACUUUGAAGAUCUCUCUGAUGUUAUUGAUACAAUGGUGAAAAACAAGGUAUAUAUGAGUAACCACCAAAAUGGACAAAGAAUACCAGCGAACACAGUCAUGUGUCGUGGAAAUAUUCCAUGUGUUGACCUCUAUAGAAUCACCAAUGUACCUACAUUUAAUACUAGAUCUCAAUUCUAUACAACUCAAUGUACCAAUAGAAUACAAGCAAUCUAUGAUCAAAGAUGGACAGAAAUCGAGGAUGACAGGGAUGAUGACUUCAUGGAAAGGUUACAAGAUAAUGAUUUGACUGAUAUUGAAAUUGAAGAAUUAAAUGAUGAUUUUCCAAUUCAAAGAUAUCAAAAUUUACAGGAUCAUUGCUAUUGGAUGAUUGAACAUAGAAUCAAAGGUCUUCAAAAACCAUUAAUUUCCAAAGUCAUCAAAUCAUUCGCUAAAACUAAUAUUGAAAUUCCAGCUUUGGAAAAAAAUAUUUUGUCAAUAAGAGGUAGACAUAAUUAUAAAUUCAUCAAUCCAUUAUUACCUUGGGAGCUAGUCCAAAAACCGGGAACACCACAAUUUGACGGUGUUGAUAUUUAUGAAGUUAUUGCUUCAGUUUACUAUAAAAGAAAAUUCUUUGUCGCCACUUAUCACAAAUUAACCUCUGAACUCUUGGUAAGAAGAGAUGCACUUGGAACUCCUGUCACACCAGCAAAUGAUUGGCCAAACCUAUCUUUUUCAGGAUAUAAACAAGAUCACUCGAAAUUUAUGAUCGACAUGUUCCCAUAUGAUGUUCCAAAUCCAACAAUUUGUUUUGGAGAAUCAAAUCGACAUUCACUCCAGCCACAUAGAGGUGGAGGUUGCACAUGUUUUGAAGACGAAAAACUUUCACGUGAGAUGCAUAGUUUUAUUAGAUCAUAUUCAGUCAAAAUUGCAGGUACAGAUGAGAGUGAAAACUAUAAACAUCGUAGUAGAGUUAUUUCACAUUUAGUUGAUCAAAUAAUUAGGAUCAAUGUUCCAAACUUUGAUGGUCAAGUUCAACUUUUAGUCAAGAAAGGAAACGGACAUCACUUUAUCCCUGAAAUUCCUUUACAAACACUCACAAUCACCGCGGCCACCCCAACUCACGAUAUCACGAGACAAAUCAGAAUUGUAAGAACAACAUCACCAUAUACAACAGAUGCUCAGAACACAAAUGAAGAGGAAGUCUCCCAACUUAAACCAUAUGUAUCAAGUUACCUAUGGACACCAAUAACACCACUCCAAUCCAGGUCAUUGAAGACUUAUAGUGAACCAACACAUUUAACAGUUGAAUACAAAGCAUUAGAUGUUACUGGAGCAACCAUCACUUCAAUCAAUACACUUCAUACAUCCAACGCAGUCUUUGUUGACAAUCAACCAACUCAAUUAAACGGAAAUAGUGAUGCAAGACGUUCCAAUCCCCAAGCAAACACAAGAAUAUAUGAUUUGACUGAAACAACCAAUAUUGAAUUUAGAACAAUUGCUUUCACCAAAAAGUUCCAAACUGCUAUGGGAGAUACAUCAAGAUACAAUAUCAUCAUUGAUCCAACACUCAGCACAGCAUCUCAAUAUAGAUAUCCAUAUAUUUAUUCACAAACUUCGAAUAUUCCAGAUGAUUUAGUAUUGGUUUACUAUCUAUUGACUCAAAGAUUAAUGAGUGUUACUAGAUACCCAACGAUUUCAGACAACAAUGAUCAAUUGGGAAAUGCUGUAUUAUUGGUUGCAUCGAAAUUCAUUCAUAUGAGAAUGAUAACUCCAACCAACAUUGCUACUCCUCCACUUCCAACACCAGAUCUUUUAGGCAUUACUUUUACAAUUCCAAUUAAAUCCAAGAAUACAAUCAACACACUACCUGAUGUAAAUGAUAAUGAAUUUACCAAAGUUACCUAUUUGUUCUGGAAAUUGAUGUCUCAAAGCACCAAUCCUUUGACAUAUGCUCUACUUUUCUCAGAUCUAUCAACAUUCCAACUUACAUCAGCAGUCGAUGUUUAUGAUAAGUUCAAAACUAGAAUUGUUCCAGCAGAUCCAGCAAUUGAGAAUUUAUUCAGACCCGCUACCAACAAUAAUAACAAUAAUAAUGGAGGAUCUUCAAAUUCACGUUCAUUCAAACUUCAAUCUCAAAUCAAACAUGCAAGUUCAUCACUUUUAGUUUCACUUUUACAAUCGAAUCAUUUCAAAUCAAAUGAAAUAUUUGAAUUGGAUACUCUUGAAACUGAACAAUUGACAGAAUCAUUGGAUAUGUGGCUUGAAAACAGAAUGAUCUCGACACUCCUCGGAUCAUCACGUUCCAACGAAGUCAAAUAUCUCCAAGAAAGAUUUAGAUUCUUUUUGACAAAUGAAAUAUGUCCACAAUAUUCACCAACCUCAAUUACACAUUAUGAAAUUUGCAGACCAAUGUCGAUUGUUGAAUUCACCAACAUUAUCAAACACACACAAUUAUCUACAAAAUCAAUCAAAUAUUCUUUUGGCGAGCUCGAAUAUUAUUAUUCAGCAUAUCCAUCAACUUUCCAAUCGAUCUUUUUGGAUAAGACAACAUUUGAUGGUAUUUUAAUUGCCACAAUCAAUUCGAAACUAUGUGAUUUCAAACUUGUCAAACAAACAGAACUCAGCAAUAUUGAAUCAAUCGAUAUCUGUAGAAUUCCAAUAAUCAACAACAUCAUACCAACAUCGAAUAGUAUUAUUACGAUCAGUGGAACUCAUUUCGAUUCAUCCACCCAAGUUACAAUUUCCAAUGGAUAUCGAUGCAUUUCAAAACAACUUCUCAACAGUACAAACAUGCUUUGUGAAUUACCAAAACUAAACGAUAUCAAUAAUAUUAUUAAACUUGAUAAUUCAAUCAAUGAUCAUUCAUUCUAUGUCACCAACAAAUGUCCAAUCAUCAAUGAAGUUGAUGUAGGAACAACAAACAAACUUCUUUCAGUAUCAGGUGGUGAUAUCGUUGAAAUUAAAGGAAUGUUCUUUGGUUCAUCAUUCUCUGAUAUUCAAGCAUUUAUUGGUCACCAAGAGUGUUUCAUCAUUAAAAUUCAAGAGUCUUCAAUCACCUGUAUAACACCUUCAUACACUGGUCAGAAUAUCCCGAUUGGAAUUCAACUUAGAAAUUGUCCAUUUGUUCAAUCAAUCGAUAAUAAUCAAAGAGUAUCAUAUGAAUCACCAGUUAUCCUCUCGGUUAUUCCAAGCGACCCAUUGUUAACAUUCCCAGGAGAUUCUAUCUUGAUCAAUGGAAAAUCAUUUGGAACAAUUGAAAACACCAAACUAUUCAUCUUUGACAAAGAAUAUCCAUUUGAAUUAUUCAGUUCCGAAACAUUAAGAAUCACUAUUCCAGAUGAUAUGUUGAUUCCAACAAAACAAAUUCCAUUAAAAGUUAAAGUUGGAAAUUCGAUUGCCACCUCAUCAUUCAGUUUAUCAAGAGGUUACUUCAUCCCAACAACAUCACCGAUGAUUGUUCCAACGAAAGGAUGGUAUGUAAUUUUUGAUGGUGAUUCAUUUGGAAUAUCAUCGAGUGAACUUGACAAUAUCAAAUUGAGUAAUGGUGUCAAGCUUAUUGGAUGUCACCGUUAUCAAUUCUUUAUUGAAUGUUUGGUUCCACCUGGAAUUGGUGCAGAUUAUUCAGUUAGUGCAACAAUUAACUCAAUCAAUAUUGUUUCACCAUUGAAAUAUAUUUCCUAUGAAGUACCAACCAUUGGAAACUAUGUAAACUCUGGAAAUACAUUUACAAUCUUUGGUAAAAACUUUGUUCCAAAAGGAGUUGCACCAGCAACAUCCAAUAUCUACUUUAGUAAUAAUCAAAUUGAUUGGAAGCCAUGUUUAAGUCCAGUUUUUAGCGAUGAAAGUACAAUCAAUUGCAAUGAAAUGCCUGCACUUAGUACCAACCAAAUUUAUGCUUAUGUUGACAUUGGAAAUCAAAAAUCAAACACAAUUAUGGCAAAAGUUACGUUUGUACAUGGUUAUGUUUAUUUGGACAAGAAUUUUAAUAAUGUUAGAGAUUCUAGUGAACAAGUAUUCACAAACUGCAAAGUUACCUUGUCUGUUAACUCUGUUGCCAAAUAUGUUGCAUCUUGUGAUUCCAAUGGAUACUAUUCAUUUGCAUCACUUGAUGCACCUGCAACUUAUGAAAUUACAUCAACUAUCAACAGUCCAACCAAAUAUUUCGUUGUGGUUUCUUCACAUUUCUUUGAUAUUCUCAAAGAUCAAAUCAUCCAAAGAGAUAUUAGUGUUAUUGAAGACACAGGAUACAAUUGUUUCGCAACAUUAACAACUUUUCAAUCUUCAACAAUGGUAUUACCAUAUGGUGAGUAUGACCUUUUAUCAUAUGAAAUGUGUCAAUCACCACCCAGUACUUGUAAAUUCCAGGUUUCCUCAAUUACUACCAAUGGUAAUGAUUGUGCAGCUACUCUCACUGGAACCAAACUAUCUAUCUCAUAUUCAUCUAUUGUCUCAUUGAAUCUAAAAUUAGAUUACUUGGUCCCACCAAAUUAUACUACUACUGUGUACCCUGAUUCAUUAGCUUUUGCAGAGAUUAAAUUUACCUACCUUCAAAAGGAUUACUUAUUCAAACAAUACAAUAGGAAUGGUCAAAUUUUAUUUAAAUUACCAGUUGGAAUCACUGGUGUCGUCAAUAUCCAAACUCAGAAUCAAAAUACAUGGCCAAUCAUCAACAAUUUUGAAGUUCUAUCACCAACAACAAAGACUCUCCCAAUGUACUCUGGAAUAUUCCCAACAGUUAACUUUUAUGAAAAACCAAACAAAUUGGGUUCAUCACUCACAUUACCUGUGGGAUAUUACACUCAGGGAGAUCUCACUCAUAUUGGAUGGUCCAAAAUUGUUCAAUCAUUGGUUGUCCCAGAGAAAUGUGUUCUCAAUACCAAUCUUAUUUUUAAUCCAGGAUAUUCCUCUGUGAAUAUACAACUUACUAAAUUUGAUCUUUCUUAUCAAACAAUGUUUGAUAGAAUUAGUUUUGCAGGUGGAUACCAUAAUAUUCUUAAUCAAUAUCCAAAUCCCUCACUUAUUAAAUACUACAUCGGAAGUGAAAAUUUGAAAUGUACUCAAACCCAAUGUUACUUCAAAUCUGAUAUUGGUACCAAAACACUUACCAUCAAGUACAACGAUGCUCAAAUAUCAAAAACAUAUUCCAUUCAAUACACAUCACCAUAUGGCGAUGAAGGACAAUAUCCAACCCUCGAUUCACAGUCUGCAACUAAAAAUGUUUUGAAAUUGAAUGAAAAUCUCCAAAUUCAAUCUGGAUCAUCUAUUACCUCACAAAUAUCAUUGACUUCAAGUGGUUUGACAAUUUCAUCGAUGGGAACCACUCUUUUCUCUGUGUCAUCAUCUCUUUACCUUUCAAGCAGUUGCAAUGGAGAGGACCGACUUUUCAUUCAACCCGAUGGUAAUCUCUGCAUUAACAAUGUUAUCUCUGAUAAAUCAUGUCCCAGAUGGUGUCUCUCUAGUCACCACUCUAGAGCUAGAUACCUCAAAUUAAUUCCAUAUGGUGUUGUUCUCCAAAAUGCCAAUGGACAAAUUGUUUGGUUCAAAUAUCAUUCUUCUUAUAUCAACAAUCUUGCAGGUACCGAGUUUAAGAAAAACUUUGUCAAUCCAUUGGUUUAUGCACCAAACUUCCUUGACAAUACAGGAUCAAAUAAUGUACUCUAUUCUUGGCAGUCGGAGUACCUUCCAAGUGUUCUCACCAAUGGUGUCCACUAUUUGAUAAUGGACAAAAACCAAUGUCAACUCAAGAUAUAUGACAACGUCCAGAUAAGUGGUAAUCCAAUAUACACAUCAGAUUAUACCAACAUAUUAUUACCUAAUGUUCCAACAACAAAUUGCAAGUUGGUUUUUGGUACUGAUGGAAAUCUUUGUGCACAAAUACCUAGUGGACAAGUUUCAUGGUGUACAUAUUCGCAUAAGCUUGAUGGAAGAUACUUUGGAUUGGCACCUGCCUUUACAACAACUCAAAUUGGUUUCUAUGUCCUCAAUUCCAAAGGUAGAAUGGUGUACGGUAGAUUCACAUCACUACAAGAAAGAUCAAACCUGAAGAUGAUCCCAGGAAGUUUCAUUGUUGCAAACAAUCAAGAGUAUUAUCCAGAGACUGAAGAUAGAAUUAUCAAUGAAGGAGGUGUUUUGACAAAUGGAAAAUCAUAUAUCAGAUUGGAGAGUAACGGUCAACUUGCUGUAUAUGACUCGAAUCCAUAUAAUGCAGUUACACAACCAAUAGUACUCUGGAGAUCAGAUUUACCAGCUGUUGCACCGACAAGACCAUUCUAUGCUCAACUUGAAUCCACUGGUAUUGUUGUGGUUGGUGCCAACGUUCGUUACUUAGCAGGCAAACUAAAUGUUGCAAGUGCAACCGCAUUCCAAAUGAAUUGGAUGGGUUCCACUCGUUCUGAUGAUUGGGGAUUCUCUUUCAUCAAGGAUACAAAGAUUAUUGAUGGAUACUUGUCAAAACCUGGAGUAUGGUCAAACUACCAACAAAUCGAAAAUAAUCCUCUAAAGAAUUUUACAAAUGCAUACUUCGGUUUCAAUUGGAAUGACCAAACUGGAAUUAUUGCAGCAAAAGACUUUAAAACAGGUGAAGUUCUAUGGACAAGUCCAACCACCAACAUACCACCAAAACUAUGUGGAAGAUAUUAUGCUGAUUUUGGUAUUUACUUUACUCCAGCUAUGCCUAGUCUUUGUGUGUAUUCUUCUACUGUAGCUAGUUCGUGUACAUUUCUAUCGUAUUGGUGUCAAAAGUUCCCACUUACAACCUACUACAUUCAAGCACCAUCUGGUGUUCCUGAAUUCAUUGCUACCAACAUCGAUGGAAGAAUCACUUGGACUGCAAACUCUAUAAAAUAUUUACAACUCACUAAAUAA